AGCGGAUCGUUUUAUGGUUGUUUUGUAAACAUUCUGAGUGACUCUUUAAUACCAAAACAGCGUUGAUAUAUAGCGCAAAACGCGAACCCGAAAUUCGAAUGAUAUAUUUUUAUCGUUUUGGGGGAUUUAAUCAUCUAGUGUUAAAAAACGAUUAGAACAUGUGUUCGCUGCGAUUGCAUACGUACGAUUUAAUUCAAGAUUAAUCUAGCUGCAUACGAAAGGUGUAUUUGGGGCGUUAAUCUUAUAUAAUACGGAUCGGUUUAACCACAACGUAUUGUUUUCGUGGAUUUAUAAGUGAAACGAAAGAGAAGGGUGUUUUGGACGGGUUUAUUACUUACUUACAUCAUGAGGAAGGUGUCUCGACGAGUUUAGUGUGUACCUAGUAUAAUAGUGAAGAGUAAACAAGGCCUCUUAAAAUUGAAAGUGGAUGUGAUUUAUUUGACGGAGUAGAUAAAUAUCGGUCUUUGAUCCGUGUGCAUCCGGAUUAUUUGUAAGCUCAGGAGAAAGUUAAUAAAUCACAACGAAGUUGUCAAAUUCCACAAGGACAUUUAAUAUAAAUGUUUUCAGUACUAUAGAUAUUCUGAGUGAAUGUGAUCUUCAAGUUCGAUUGUUUUCGUGUUGGUUCAUUUGCCCACUUAGAUGAAAGUGAUAUUGCUUUUACAUGCUGUUCGAUAGAUUGAACACUGACGGAUUACUAAACAUUUAACCAUUAUAGUAAACAAGUUUUUUAAUUGACAGUGGUGUUGAAAGAAAAUAGUUUACGCUUGAACAUACGUUAAAAUGCCUUCUCACGCAACAACGGAUCCUCAUGAACACGCGAAACCGAUCCGUCAACCCACCGGAAGUCCACCAAAGGGCAGGUCCGCUCAAAAAGCCAAGCCUUCUAUUUCAAAUCCCGGAUCUUCCAGCAAAAGUAAGGAAAAUCGGCGAGGGUCGAAAAGCCAGGAGACAAAACCCGGUGGACAGAAUUACACUGUCGAGCAGAUUAAAGAACUGAAAGAAACAAAUGACGACGAAAUUGUGUCCCCAAAUGGAGUGGAUGGAAAACAGAAGGAAUCCAAUGAAGAAAUAACGAAGGGCGACUCAUCCGAAAAAGUUACGGACGAUAACGAGGAAAGCGCAGCCAACGACGUUGUUUCCGUCGCAAACAGGCGCACAAGAUUCACAAGACCGGAAACCGAGGUCAAGUUCUCUAAACCGGAAACGCCACCACCGAGUCCCAAACCAGAAGUCUUUACGUUGGAGAAAUUCAAUGACGUCGUCGACAAUUUCAGUGACGUUUUCUCGUCCCAUAAGUACACGAAUAUCACGGACGAGUAUCCGGUCGAGGAUCUUGUGACGUUGGUGAAUGACGUCACUGGAAAGAUUGAAGAAUACAAGCAGCAGACGAUUACGUCACAGCGCCACCUGGAGGAUCUACGAGGGCGCAUGCAUGAAGUCAAGAGGCGGAUUCAGGAAAACGUGCAGAAGAAAUCCAACGCAAUUCGAAUGGACGACGACUCGCACGUGAGCAUAGAGGAGAAGGAGUUACGAGAGAAGCUUGCUCGGUUGAAUGCACAGGUGGCCCAGGCGAACGCGGAACUCGCCGAGGCUCUCCGAUUAUCUGCGGAAACCGAGAGCAGCGCCGUUGAAGCUCAAUUGGCGGCCGAACGCGCCAAACAGGAAGCGAGAAAUAUCCAAGAGGAGAUAGAGUUUCGAACAAAGGUCGAGGAAAGGAGGAAGGAGACAGAUAAGAAGAGGCAGGAGGAAGAGCGCCUCAAGAUGGAGCAGCGCCGCCUACAGGAGGAAGAAGAACAACGUCGGAAGGAGGAGGAGUGGAGGCGACGGGAGCACGGCAGCGACAAGCCGCCCGUCUGGGAGGCAUGGCCAAUGUUCGAGUACAUGGUAGAGAACGGAGCUGAGCUCGGGUGUGUUGUCAGAGGUCAGCCGAACAAGUUCAACAAAAAUGACGUCACUGUGACGUCACAGGAUCAGCUUGAGCAUCCGGUCCCGUUCGGCGAGAACGAAGAGCUGGUCAGCUACAUUUUACUGCUGCAGGGGCACGAUGACAAGGCGAUUUUAAAGGACCCUAUCGCGUUGUAAAUAUUCCG